CUCGCUCAUAAGCACCCAUCAACCUCCAUCCUCUUAUGCCUUGCCCUUUCUCCACCAAGAACACCUCCCCAAACAGACCCCAACACCCCCCAUCUAUCACACAGGUAUAUAAUGUGCCUCGUGCUGUCUUUGGUCCACUGUGAUCAGUUCUCAGCUGUCCGAGGAUACUGGUGUGUGUGAUAUACAGCAAGAUGUGUUCUCAGCUGCAGGUCAUGGUGGUGGCUCUGUCUGUCCUUGUGUUGGUCAGUAGGGUCAGUGCAGCACCCAGAGGAGACAUACUGGCCCAGCUGCAGGCAGACCCCAAAAUGAACGAGGAGCUUUCCCGCAUGCUCCUCCUGAAGCUCCUGUCUGAUCUGGAGAUUCCAGGUGAUAAUGAGGUGCUUUCAGGCACAGACGUGAGGAGCGACGUGGUGCGCCAGCUGCCCUUCCCCCAGCGGGAGCGCAAAACCGGCUGCCGCAAUUUCUUCUGGAAGACCUUCACCUCCUGCUAGCUCCACCGCUGCCAUCACGGAUUCACAUCAAAUAGUUCAUUAGCACAACUUUGAAAGGACUUCUGUCUUUAAUGCUGUAGUGUAUAGUGGGGUGUUCCACCCUCAUGCCCAAUGGGGUUUAUUUUUGUAGACCUGUGCUUUUAUUUUAUUUAUUCAUUUUACUUUUUGGAAUAUAAUACAUUGCUGUUUUAUCCCUGAACACCUCCAGAUAUUGACAUAUCUACGUUUUAAACUGUGGUUGUCUUUGAGAAUGUCUUUGUUAGAGACACGAUGUAAAGCAACACUGUUAAAUAAAUGUAAAA